CUGGCCACGGUCAACCUUGAAAAGCUAGAACUAUUAUACUUGGUAUAAAGAUCGUGUGAUGGAGCGCUGGCAUGAGUCCCGCCGUUUGAAUCGGAUUUAGAGGUUUCCUUGAGCACCCUAGCUAAGAGAUUCACAGACUUCAAACGUGAGUUAUUUCCACGAUUUUUGUCCCAGGAAAUAACUUGCAAGGUGUGCACAUGAGUCUGUUUCCUACGCAAACACUGAUCACUACUCACGCAAAGAAAACAUGUCAAAUUCCGAAUCGUCGCCUAUCCCGACCACGAUGCGGCAGCGCGUGAUAGACUACAUCACCCAGCUCCAGAACAAUAUCGUCAGUGCUCUUGAAGAUGCAUCAGCUCCUCCAUGUCAGUUCAAACGCGAUGCCUGGUCACGUCCGCAAGGCGGUGGUGGCAUCUCGUGCACGUAUGCCUCUUCCAGAGAUGAUGCCACCUACGAAAAAGCCGGCGUCAAUAUCUCCAUGAUCCACGGUACACUCCCUCCAGCUGCGAUCAAGCAAAUGAGCAGUGAGCAUUCAUCCUUGGAUAUCAAUACUAUGACUGCACUUCCCUUCUUUGCUGGCGGCAUCAGCUUAAUCGUACAUCCACGUAAUCCAAAUGCACCAAGUGCGCACGCAAACUACAGGUACUUUGAGAUAAUGGAUUCCACAGAGAAGGAUGCAAAGGUCGUUGGGUGGUGGUUUGGUGGUAUCACAGAUCUCACACCAUCAUACCUGUUCGAGGAGGAUGCGAAGGAGUUCCAUGAGACGCUGAAAGCGUUCAAGCAGUCUUGCGACGAUCAUUUCUUCAUUCCCCAUCGCAAGGAGUAUCGUGGUAUUGGAGGGAUCAGAUUUGAUGACCUAAACGAUGACUUGAACGCUAUUCUAGGCUCCGUAGAUGGGGAGACCUGUCCCCGCACAGCAGAUGAUAUAUUCGCCUUCAUACGUGAUCUCGGGGAUGCAUUCACCCCUUCAUAUAUGGGCAUUCUCAAUCGCCGGUCAAUCAUGCCUUCAGAUGAACGCAUGCGCCGCUGGCAACUUCUUCGACGUGGGCAGUAUGUUGAAUUCGACCUCGUUUGUGAGAGAGGAAUUAAAUUUGGAUUGGCUGCACCCGGAGUCAAUGUGGAGAAUGUGCUGAUGGGAAUGCCAGAAACAGCAAGAUGGGAGUAUAUGUCAGAUAUGUUUGAAGAGAGUGAUUCGGCUGAAGGAAAAAUGAUGGAGGUGCUCAAGUCUCCAAAGUCUUGGGUUUCAGAUUGCUAGCUUGAUGAAUCUCGAAAGCAUCGCGUUAAGUGCCGAGUGCUCGAUCUGAUCGUAGUCGGAAAUAUAUCCUGGCAGACUAGCCGCCGAUACGAUUAUAUUGGAAUCAACGUAAAGUACCUGGGGAAAUCGGCGAAUGCCUUGGAAAAGCUUGCGGACGCACUCGUGAUACGGUAGUCUCGCAGAUCAGCCGCCUUGUCUGAGAAGGGAAU